AUGAACUUCAAUAGGGACAAAGGUUCCCCUGGUGAAGAAAAUGCUGAGAAAAAGAAAGGAAUUAUUGGAGAAUCUUCAACUUUCCUGCUGAACACUUCAGAACAAUUUCAAAAGAUUUCCUGGAUUAAGGAAAAGCAAGCUAUUCCAAUUUUUGUGGCAGCAAUUCCACGAAAGGAUCCAGAAGAGAGAUGUGAACUCCGUGACCAAAUUCUAGAAUACAGAGGGCGGCUGAGUGUCUCUGAGGACUGCAAGAGGUUACACAUCAAUAACCUAAGUCAAGAGGAUUCUGGCAUAUACCGUGCACAGAUCUGGAUAGCUGAAGACAAAAAUCCUAUCAGUGAAACCUUUUCCCUGAGGGUAUAUAAGCGUUUAUUGGAGGCUGACCUGAAGAUUGUCUGUGACCAAAAAGAUUAUCGUGGCGGGAAUGGAACUCUGCAGCUGAACUGCUCUGCAGGCCGCUGGGAAGAGGAUGCGAAGUUCAGCUGGGCCCCAGCCAGCCUGAGUGAAUCCACCGAGAGAUUUCGAGUCACCGGGCACAAUUUAGAAGGCAAUGAUUUGAACUUCACUUGCAUAGUAGAGAACCCUGUUAGCAAAGCAUCCAAGACAGUGUCUGCCCGGAAAAUUUGUGAUGAGCACCAAGCGAUGACACCUGGGACGUUGCCCCCCACCGAGACUGACGGACGUUUUGGCAGCACCACUAUGUUCCUAUGGCUUCUUGCAGUGGUAGUUGUUGCAAUAAUCUGCGCUGGCCUUCUUGUGUGGUGGAAGAAGAAAAGAGGUUCCGACAGGAAAGAGCUGGAUUCUGCACGUCAGUCAGAACCCAAAGAGUGCCACACUAUUUAUUCUCAAAUUGAAAACAUUCCCCAGAAUUCCCCAUCGGAAACCCAACAGCGAAGAGGACCAAAGGCGAAAAAGGAUGUGCCCCAAACCAUCUACACCACAGUCCACCUCCCCAAACAGAAUCCUUUGCAAACAGAUGACGAGAAGAUGCGGAGAACCAGAGAAAAGAGUGCGAAAACAAUUUACUCAGAGAUCACCAAGCCUCAAGAGCGCGAGGACCAGGACUCCAAGACAGUCUACGAGACAGUGAACAACCCAAAACCUGCUGAAACCACAGAGUACGACAAAAUUCUCUAGCAACCCACUGGACCAAGGACCAAGGGGACAAAGCAGUAGCAGAGACUGGACCAUCAGAGCAAACAGCGCAUGGAUGCAAAUCCAUCUGCCUUCAGUUAUCCCCCACCUGCCUGCCUUCUCACCUACAUACAUUCAGCCUAGAGCAUGGCCUUGCCUGUCAGCUCCCUCCUCUUUAGGGUUUAGCCACACACCCAUCUGCCCCAAAACUUUGGGUUUUCCACAGUUUGCUAUUUGUUCAAAUUUACUGCAAAAGACCAGUCCCGGAAAACCACUCGAAAGCACAAGACCAGUGGGAAACUGCUUGGACCCAUGCAGAAGAGGAAGUGUGGG